AGUAUACUAACCGCCCUUCUCGUUUUAUAUAACCCCGGUCCUCUCUCUCAACUGCCGGUUCACUAAAUGGCCGGCCUUCUGUUUUCCCCCGCGGGAGCUACUCUCACGCUUAUCGCCUCCGCCGCCAGCGGGCCUGAGCAGACGAACAGACAUUGGGACUGCUACCAGCCCGGUUGUGGCUAGAGAGAAAGGAUGCCGUCAUCCAGCCCGUGGAGACCUACGAUGCGAAUAACGAAGCACUAUUAGACGCGGACACUAGCUCUAGUUGUGGCGGCGGCAUAGCAUUCUUGUGCGAUAAAUGGAUUCCUUGGGCGGUUUCGGAUAUCUUAGCUCAUGGAUGCUAUCGACCUUUCUCCCCCCUUUCAAGUCCCUUGACUGGCUAAAGUGGAAUCGGUACGCCGCCGUGAGCAUUUCUGGCUCCAGUGAGAGUGAGUGGUGAUGUGCUUUGAAACGUGAGUUUACGUUCAUGCCAGGGUAUGUCUCUAGUCUUUCUGUCCAUCUACCGCCUACCGAGAAGUGAUUGCCAACGGUUAUGCAACAAACACCGAGGGCGAUCUUGGAAACAACCUCUGGUAUCCCAGGUAUUCCCUACAUCAUGCGGAUGGACAAAAACCGAAAAAAAAAAACCUAGUCCCCUGCAGUGGCGUUGGCAUAUCCAAUAGGCGAACAUAGCAAUAUAACGAGACUGUAGACUGCCGGGGCGCCUGUUACGGCGGUGUCUCGAGCGGACCUGAAUGCGAUACCCCUCACGGGGCGGUUCGUCAAAGGUGUUUCUGGAUAUUUGACGUAUUUAUCCCUUCAUCCUUGACUGCUGGGCGGGAGGGCUGAGGUUGAGUUGUAGUGGUUCCGUGGGCUAAUGACACCACAGCUACUUUUCAGAGCUUUACUCUUCCGUCUAAGACUACGGCGAAUAAGGGGUGUUUUCGGCAGUGAGUAUACUAAUAGUCAUUCCUGUAAACUAAAAGGCCUUAGAUUGAGUUUUCUUCUCUUCUUUUUCUCCCCUUGUGUCCUGCACUGAAUACCGUAAGUAAACCCUCCGCCCACCCAACCCCUUCGUUAAAAUCCAAAGCGUUUCCGACCCCAUCCCGACCGACGGACCCUGGUAUCGUAAACCCACCGCGCCGUACCGCACGCUACCGGUAAUUUACGUGAACCCACUUUUCAAUCCCCAUCAGGACAACGGGUGAUAUACGGUGACCGAGCCUAACACUCUCCAGUGAGACAGACCUCGCGGGACAGUUCAGGAUGUACCACCACAUUCCCACGCAAAAGCUGAUCCACCUCCGGUAUUCGAUCUAGCCGCCCUUUCAAACCCACCAGAGUGAUUGGAACAAGGAACUUGGCCGAAAAGCAGUUAAUAGGAAAAAGAAAAAAAAAGAAACAGAAAAAGCGAGACGACCUUCACAAGUUUCUCGCCCACUUUAUCACUCCAACGGCGCACCGAUCAAUUCCCCACCGGACAAGAUAUCACCCAUAUCUAUCACGGACGAACGGUGGUCGUCCAGCGCCGUCUAUCCAUCUGUACAGGACUAAACCAUGACACUGCACGGUGCACCAACGGAAGGGAGCAAUUCCCCUAUUUCAGCUCCCUCAAUAACGUAUUAUUAUACCGGACACCCGUUUUGCGC